AUUGACUGAUAGGCGAUGGUGCAGUGGUAUAUAAACAGCUUCCUGGGCCGUCCUAUCGGCUAUCGCACAGAAGUAUACAACCUCCAGGGGAAGACGAUGAGGAGGGGAGCGCAAGCCCUGCUGAGCCUUCUUCCCCUCUUCCUCGCCCUCUCUUCUCUUUCCGUAGUCUCCGCCGCCUCCGGCAAGCAAGGCCAGGUCUACAUCGUGUACCUGGGCGGGCACGCCGCCGGGGCGAAGGCGGAGGAAGCAAUCCUGGAGGAUCACCACGCGCUGCUGCUCUCCGUCAAGGGCAGCGAGGAGGCGGCGCGGGCGGCGCUGCUGUACAGCUACAAGCACACCCUCAAUGGCUUCUCGGCUAUCCUCUCCCACGAGGAGGCCAUGGCGCUAUCGGAGAGGAGCGAGGUGGUGUCCGCCUUCCGGAGCGAGGGCAGGUGGGCGCCGCACACCACGAGGUCCUGGCAGUUUCUGGGAUUCGAGGAAGGGGUCAAGGGGCCCGACGGCGGCAGCGACUGGCUGCCGUCCCUCGACAAGUCCAGCUCGGAUGUCAUCGUCGGCGUCCUCGACUCCGGCAUCUGGCCGGAGUCGAGGAGCUUCAGCGACGAAGGGCUCGGGCCGGUGCCGGCGCGGUGGAAGGGGGCGUGCCAGGGCGGCGAAUCCUUCACCUCCUCGUCCUGCAACAGGAAGAUCAUAGGGGCGCGAUACUACCUCAAGGCCUACGAGGCGCACUACAACGGCCUCAACACCACGUACGCCUUCCGCUCACCGCGCGACAACGACGGGCACGGCACACACACGGCGUCCACCGUCGCGGGCCGCACCGUGCCGGACGUGUCCGCGCUGGGCGGGUUCGCGGCGGGGGCGGCCUCGGGCGGCGCGCCGCUGGCGCGCCUGGCCGUCUACAAGGUGUGCUGGCCCAUCCCGGGGCGGCCCAAUCCCAACAUCGAGAACACCUGCUUCGAGGCCGACAUGCUGGCCGCCAUGGACGACGCGGUCGGCGACGGCGUCGACGUCCUCAGCGUCUCCAUCGGCUCCACGGGGGCCCCGAUGCGGUUCGCGGACGACGGCAUCGCCGUCGGCGCGCUGCACGCAGCCAGGCGCGGCGUGGUCGUCUCCUGCAGCGGCGGCAACUCGGGGCCCACGCCGGCCACCGUGUCCAACCUCGCGCCGUGGAUGCUCACGGUCGGCGCCAGCAGCAUCGACCGCGCCUUCGACUCCCCGAUCAAGCUUGGCAAUGGCGUGGCGAUCAUGGGCCAAACAGUAACACCAUACCAGCUUCCAGGCAACAAGCCGUAUCCUUUGGUCUAUGCAGCAGACGCCGUUGUUCCUGGGACUCCCGCUAACGUUUCCAACCAGUGCCUGCCGAACUCCCUGUCGGCCGACAAGGUGCGAGGCAAGAUCGUCGUGUGCCUGAGAGGCACUGGCCUGAGGGUCGAAAAGGGUCUGGAGGUGAAGCGCGCGGGCGGCGCGGCCAUCCUGCUCGGCAACCGACCGGCCUCCGGCAGCGAGGUCCCCGUCGACUCGCACGUCCUCCCGGGCACCGCGGUCUCCGCGGCCGACGCCACGACCAUCCUCGCCUACAUCAAUUCCAGCUCGAGCCCGACCGCGGUGCUGGGCCCCUCGACGACCGUCGUGGACGUCCGGCCGUCGCCGGUGAUGGCGCAGUUCUCGUCGCGCGGCCCGAAUGUCCUCGAGCCCAACAUUCUCAAGCCAGACAUUACGGCGCCGGGGCUGAACAUCCUGGCGGCGUGGAGCGAGGCGUCGUCGCCGACGAAGCUCGACGGCGACCACCGCGUGGUGCAGUACAACAUCGUGUCGGGGACGUCCAUGUCGUGCCCGCACGUCUCCGCCGCCGCCGUCCUCCUCAAGGCCGCCCACCCCGACUGGAGCUCCGCCGCCAUCCGGUCGGCCAUCAUGACCACCGGUAAACGUCUCGGCCCGCACCUGAAGUUUUCUGAUCCCAACCGAAAACUGGUGUGCUCUGUUUUGGGCAGCAACGACCACCAACGCCAAAGGCGGCCCACUAAGGAACGGGGACGGCACGGUAGCGGGGCCCAUGGACUACGGGUCGGGCCACAUCCGGCCCAGGCACGCGCUGGACCCGGGCCUCGUGUACGACGCGUCGUACGAGGACUACCUGCUGUUCGCGUGCGCGAGCGCCGGGUCCCAGCUGGACCCCUCCGUCCCGUGCCCGGCGCGCCCGCCGCCGCCGUACCAGCUGAACCACCCCUCGGUGGCCGUGCACGGCCUCAACGGCUCGGUGACCGUGCGCCGGACGGUGACGCACGUCGGCUCCGGCGAGGCACGGUACACCGUCGCCGUGGCCGCGCCCGCGGGCGUCUCCGUGGAGGUCGCGCCGAGGCGGCUCCGCUUCGCGCGGGCCGGCGAGAGGAAGGCGUUCAGGAUAAGGGUGGAGGCGGCGGAGGCGAGCGGGCGCGCGGCGAGAGGGCGGUUCGUGGCGGGAUCGUACGCGUGGAGCGACGGCGUCCACGUCGUGAGGAGCCCCCUCGUUGUCCUCGUCGCGUGAUCGCCGUGCCGAGAGCUGCAAGGACACAGCACAGGUGGAUCUUCUCUAUUAUUCUGCGCGCAUUGCUUCAGUUGUGCUGUGGAAUGACAAUAAUUCUCAAGGUUUCCGAAAAAAGAUAGAAAGAUUACUCCUCUGAUUUAAAUCAUAAGUCAUUUUGAUAAAUCUAGCUACACGGAUUUUGCUACAUAUUAAGUCAUAGCUAGCAUAUAUCUAAAUGUGUAGCAAAAAUUAUGUAUCUAAAUUUAUCGCGACUACAAUUUGAAACGGAGAGAGUAGAUGAUUAUCUUGCUCGGUAAUUA